AUGGUUGAAACCCUUUUCUCGUACUCUGAUACAGUCAUUAUCCCCUAUCCAGCUGUAAAAGCUCUUGCAUCAUCACAAUCUGGUAGGCCUGUGGAUAGUACAGCAGGUACGGCUUCUGACGAGCCUCUAACAAAAGACUACUCUACGGUUCAGAUGCCGAUUUCAAACUCAAGGCCUCUAGGCAGCGCCGUUUUGGACGGCAUAGAUUUCAACAUCGAGAAAGGUGGACCUCACUAUGCUGCACUUGCUAGGAGGUUGUCUGACUACAGCAAAAGAGGCAAAAAAGUCUACUUAAGUGCAGCACCACAAUGCCCAUUUCCUGACCAGUAUCUCAAUGGUGCUCUGUCCACUGGCCUAUUCGACUAUGUUUGGGUCCAAUUCUACAACAACCCUCAGUGUCAAUUUACCACCAGCAACCCCAAUGCCUUCAGGGACUCAUGGAACAAAUGGACCUCCAUAAAAGCCGGCCAGUUCUUCGUUGGGCUUCCGGCUUCCCGUCAAGCUGCUGACAGUGGCUUUGUGAAUCCAAAUGAUCUGAAAAACCAAGUGUUUCCUUUUGUUAAGGGAUCUCCCAAGUAUGGAGGUGUCAUGCUUUAUGAUAAGUUCAACGAUGACAAGAGUGGCUAUAGUUCUCAAAUUCGAGGCAGUGUGUAACU